AUGAAUUCUGAUGAUACUCCUAAACAGUUAGUUUCACAAAAUAAGAGUGAUUCGGUAUCUGAUAUAUCUGAUAAUGCUUCAAAUUCUGAUACAUAUCAUCAUCAUAUAGACACGGAACCUAAAUCAUUAAAGAAUAGGGAGAUAGAAAGAAGAGAAAAGAAUCGAGAAAAGAAACUUCAACGCGGAUCAACUAUCCAGGAUGUUUCUUCCGACUUAUCAGAUGAUAAAGAUAUCGUUCCCUCGGGAAACCGAUUCGAAUGUAAUGAUGAUCUAUCCCAGCCUGAUAAAAACCAGAUCGUAGAACAAGACUUAAAACAAGAACUAUCGGCCUCUAGCACUCAAAAAAUAUAUAACUAUUACUUGAUGGUGGAAACCAAUACAAUCAG